CUCGUCCGCUUUCCCCUGUGUGCGUCACUUUGGCUCUGUCCCCCAUUUACUGCCGGUCUUUCACAAAUCUAUCUAUUCAAGGAAAUUCAAAAACAACGGUGAUUAACCUCCCACCCCUCCCCCCCCUCCCCCUCAGAACAGGGUCUGUGACUCGAGAGAUUGUACUCGACUCCUUCGACCCUCGGAUUCACAAUCCUGGUGUCUCUUCUGCCCACCCACGCCUUUCGCAAUGGGCAGAAAACCGAAUCAGUUGAUCCUCGAGUUCUUCAUUCGCGGCCAGAAGCUCGAGGACGCCAGCAAUCGCUACCAACACACCUGCAAAGCGUGCGGCGAGAAAUUUCCCAAGGGUCGCAUUGACAGCUUGACCAACCAUCUCGUCAAGAAGUGUCAAGCCAUUCCCUUGCGCGAUCGUCAACGCGUCUUGUUGCGACUACACGAACUUCCCGAUCUUGCCGACGGUGACCAAAACAAAGACGGAACGGGACCGAACAAAGGCAAGUCCGGGGAUCUGCCCUUUGCAGCAGCUCGUCAGAACUUUGACGGGCUCAACGUGUUGGCCGAGGCCUCGAGACAGGUGGGCGCCUCCGACUCAACCAAACGGGGCGGGCCCGCGUACACUCAGUCGUUGACGGUUGGAGGCAAGACGGUCGUCGUGGAUCCUGCCCUCGAGGCCGAAGGCUUCCAGGGCAAUCCGACUCAGCCAGAGACAGUGGAGGAGGAUGCGAAGCCGCCUGGGACCCCUCAACAAGCUGCCUCCAACGCCUCGUCUCUACCUUCCCUCCCUGGUAGCUCCCCAGCCGAACCACAACCAUCCGCAUCUCCUGCAAUGGCGGAAGCGUCUCUUGCAACUGACUCGGCUGCCAACGCGCGCCAGUCACAACUAUCCAUGAUCGCCGCUUCAGCGAGUGAGAUGGUCCCACACGGCCUAUCGAUGGACCAGGACUCCAACGUCGGACUUGGUGAUGGACUUGCUAAGAUGAGUCCCCCAUGGAACCAGCAGCUAUCCACUCAGGAACAGCUCCUUUUCGACAGCCUUCAUGAACACGAUCCCACCUUGACUGCUGCUACCCAGCGCGCCGCAUCUUUUCCCCGUCCGAUUGCGAUGAACCCGAACUCGCAGGCCAAAGGUUUUGUGAACGAGUUUGGGAACUCAACCAAGCCUACAAAACCUAAAGUGCGCGGUCGGUUCUCUGCUGCACGACGCCGGGAGGUUCAGGAGGUCAGAAAGCGGGGUGCUUGCAUUCGCUGUCGUAUGCUGAAGAAGCCGUGCUCCGGAGACAGUCCUUGCACCACGUGUGCCAGCGUUGAGAGCGCUCGCCUGUGGAAGCACCCAUGCAUUCGUACUCGAAUUGCGGAAGAAUUCGAGCUUUACAACGCAAACUUACACGCUACGCUGGCCUAUCACGAUGUGAGCAGCAUCCGCAACCAGGUCAAGUUCGAACAUUACGCUGGUCGUAUUGAGGUUACUCACUUUGAGGAGAGCUUGGUCUAUGUCACAUUUAGCGGACUACAGGGUCACAAGCCUUCUGCCUCGACAAUUGAUCCCCAGCUACAGGGCCUGGGCGACGAGCCACAAUUUCAGGGACCUCUUUCUGAGCUCUAUUUGCUGGAUAGCGAUACCGAUGAUUUGCCGGGAAAGAUUGAGAUGUACAUCAAGAAAACCGCACCAUUCUUCUAUGAGCGGGAGACUUCAGAGUUCAUGCGGCCCACUUUGAUGCUUGCUGCAGAGCUAAGUCAGCAGAAGAAGGAUCUGUUGUUGGAACGUGUGUUGGAGUUGUGGAUCGCCACUCACAUUCUGGUGGAUUCGGAACUGCAGUGGAAGACGUACUGCAACCCAACUCUUCCGCCUACCUCGGUGCACUCUCUCGCACAACCCUCGGACGACGGUCGUACACCUAUCGACGAGGUGACUAACACUGAGUCGUAUGCUCUGCUGUGCAGCCAGUUGCGUGCCGCGACCGAGAAACGUGCGUCUCAGUUGAGCAAGUCGGUGAUGAACGAUUUGGAGCGACGACUGCUGCAGCGCCAGCAGAGUGGCUGGUUUGAAACCUUCCUGGUAGCGAUCAUCUUGUUGAACUGUGUUGAGAGGACUUGCUGGCUGUUCCGCUCAUGGGAAGACGAAAACUUCGCUCAGCGUUGGCCUCUGGAUAAGCGCCCUCCCUACUAUGCCAGCCAGGGCGAUCGAUUCUCGGAUAUCCUACACAUGCUGUUGAAGAUGCGCAGCUUACCGCCCAAGGCCACUCCGCGCCCCGACACCGGAAUUCUUAAGGCGGUGGACGGUAGCGACGAGAACGCCGCGCGCUGGUUCGACUCCAUCAAGAUUACCUCUCUUUUCCUCGAACAACGUCAAGCCACCGUCUUCGACCCGGCCGACUCUCGUUCCCUCGACCUGCGCUACGGCGCCAAACUCCUCCCUCCCUCCAACGUCUACACCUAAUCCUGUUCCCCUCGUCUAGUCUAGUCUAUCUUACCUACCUACCUACCCCCUAGCUAGCUAGUUGAAACAAUCGUGUGCCACCACCAUCACAAUUAUCAUGUGAAAG